UUUCAGUUUUACAGUUUAUGUUGCAGAGAGUAGCAGUUAAUUGGCGAUAAAAUGGAAACUUCCGAUGAAAAUACACAGCUGAAGGAAGACUUUCAGAAUAAAGAAGAUGACAGCACCAAAGAACCGGACUCAAAACUAGAUUUAAAUGAAGCAUUGGAAACAGCAGGAUUUGGAUGUGGCACACUUCUUUUCAGUUUGGGACCGUUUUUGUUGUUCUGUUUAGAAGGGGGAGAAAUAAUGAUUUUGUCAAUAGUUGGAAUCAUGGUAAGAUGUGAGUGGGAGCUCACUACUUUCUGGGUUACUGCUCUUCAGAUAACCGUCUUCAUAGGGAUGGCGCUGGCAUCGCUCCUUUUUUCUGGAGCGGGUGAUAAAUUUGGCAGGAAGCCAGUAGCUCUAGCUGGAGCUAUAGGAGUUACCAUAGCAGGAUUGUUAUGUGGACUUGCUACAAAAUACUGGCAUCUAGCUGUACUGCGUGGACUUGUUGGGGUGUUUAUGGGAAUAGGGAUGGGGCCUUCUAUCACUCUUACAGCGGAAAUAGCAACAGUCAAAUGGAGAGGAUUUCUGAUCUCUUAUGUUUCCCUGGCGUGGGGGAUUGGUGCAUCACUGACAAGUGCUUUGGCGUACUACGUCGUUGAUCCUUACGGCUGGAGAGGGUUUAUGUUGGGAACUGCAAUCAUGUUCUCUCCAUCAAUCUUCUUCUUUGCCAUCAUGCCAGAGUCUCCGAGAUUUGAAGCUAAAAAUAGAAACUGGGACAGAGCGGAAAAUACAGUCCAAACCAUCGCUAAGCUCAACUGCAACAGCGGAAGCGGUAUCAUCAAAUUGAAAAGGGUAGAAGAUGACGAUGACACUUAUAAUAAGGAAACCGGACUUUUCGGUGCCUUGAACUUUAUCAAGGCAACUGGACGAAUGACGGAUCUGGCAGUUGUCUAUGCGCUGGGAUUUACAGCAAUAUUCAUCUACUACACCAUCAGUUACUCCAUGCCAAGAUUUCUUAAUGAAGGAUACUGUACUGGUAUAAAAGUGACACAAGAUGAAUCUUGUAUCUUCAAUAAAUCGGUUCUGUUUGAUCUGGGUGUCAUCAGUUUAUUCGAACCCCUGGGAGUCCUAGUAGCAGUUAUACUGAUGGAGAUCAUUGGCCGGAAAAAGACAUUCCAAUCAUCAGCGUUAUUGCAACUGAUUGCUCUUACAGCGUUAUACUUCUGUGUAAACGACAAGUACUCAUUUGUGUUUUUCACAAUAUCGAAAUUCAGUGCGGCCCAGAUUGGACUAAGCCCAUUUAUACUGGGGGCUGAGUAUUUUCCAACUGAAGUGAGAUCUUUUGUAGUUUCAUUUGGGUUAGUUUUUAACAGAAUAGGGGCCUGUGCUGGUAUUGCAUGCUCUCAGUUUAUCUUUAAUCUCCACCCAAGAAUUGUGCUAGCAUUUGCUCAAAUCGCGGCUGUUGUUGUCAGUAUUUGUCUGUGUGUUCUUGGAAAGGAAACAGCAGGAACUCACAUCGAGUAGGGCAAGGUGGACUUAUCCACUCUUUUGGUGUUAUCUUUAAAUUUUGUAGUACAAGUUGUUAGUUGUAAGGAAUGAUUAUUGUUCUAUUUCUUUGUUAUCUGGAAAGCUGGAAAUGGUGAAGAUUUUUUGGUCAAUUUCACUAAUAU